GAAGCCUGAAGGUUAUACAAGGUAAAGAUGACUUUCCUCAUGAUUUACUCCUCCACUUCCUCGGUCUAAGAAUAAUUCCCGGUCCGCGGGUACCGGGAUACGCCACAACAUUCAACUCAUCUAGGAGAUGCCUCCGGAAGAAGGCAGUUCACAAUCAUCACCUUAACAUCAACCACAGCUGCCAGACUAUGUCCGCGCCCAUUGUUCACAUUGUCUCAUUCAAGUACAAAGACCCGGCUGUAGCCCCAGAGGCAGCGCGCAAGUUCGCCGCCCUCAAGGAUGAGUGCAAGCUCGACAACGGCAAAGGGGCGCCGUACAUCGCGAGCUUCGCCGGCGGGAGCAACAUUAGCCCCGAGGGCAUGACCAAGGGCUUACACCAAACCUUCGUGAUGACGUUCCCAGACAUCCCGACGCGGGAUUAUUACCUAGACCACGACCCGGCGCACCAGGCAUUCAAGGACUAUAUAUUCCCUCUGGUUGAAGACGCGUUCGUGUUCGAUUUUAAAGAUGGGUCCUACGCUCUUGCUUCGUGAAGGUUGCACCCGGGUCCGUCGAUGAAGUGCCAGCAUGAAGCAUGUCGGGCUGUAUAACGUAUGAUAUGUGAUGAAAUGUAGCGAUAUGACGGGAUCAAUUCUCCUUUCAGCACAAUGUUUGACCAAAUGGUCGAGACACGAG